AUGCAGGCCAACGAAGAACCACCUCAAGCUAUGUCUCCGGACGCUCAAGUUCAGCAGCGAGUUCCGAUGGUCUCCUCUAACCAGUACUCUCCGGAGAGCGCAAGUGAGGUGGACCGAUCGGCAUCGCCUCGUCCGCAAACUCCGCCUUCAAUAUCUCACCCAACUUCGGCCGCCCAGACUCAUGAAUGGACAAUGUCGAGCACUGAAGCCGAGAUCAUGGCGAGUGAGAUAAGCCCAGUCUCGCCUCACGCAAACUACGGCAUCAAUCUUGACAUACACCAACAUGAAGAUCUCUCGAUUUCAGGCGAGGGGACCCGGAAAAAACCCAUCAGUGUCACCACUCACACAAGUGCACAACAGACAUCACAAGGACCUGACGAAGGCCCACAACCUACGAAUGCUAGUGCCGAAAGGCUUGAUGAAAUCAAGAGAGCCACAGAGACCUUGAAACCGACUUGGAAAAUAUGGGCUGUGGAGAUAUCGUGCAUCGCACUGAGUACGCUUUUCUUGACCGUCAUCAUUGUUGUCCUAUUCAGAUAUGAUUCGCAGGAGCUUAGACACUGGCCGUUAGGGACCACACUCAACUCGUUCCUCGCAUUGUUCACCGCCUUAGCCAAGGCUGCCUUUGUGAUACCCGUCUACGCCUGCAUCAGCCAGUCACAGUGGGCCUGGUUUGCAAAUGGUAUACCUAAACCUCUCUAUGAUUUUGAAUUGAUAGAUCAAGCAAGCCGAGGGGCCUGGGGCUCCUUGAUACUACUCUGGCGGUUUCGAUUCCAGCAUUUCGUGGUUCUUGGAGCACUGCUCACCACGAUUAAUGCUCUGACAUCGCCAUUCACACAACUAGCUAUCAAUUACUCAUUGAAAGACAUUCCCGUCGAAAAAGAAGCAUCGGAAAGCCAAGCUACUACGCCAGCCGUUCGAGAUCUCAUGUACCCCAGAGAUGACCUCGUGUCAGCAAUCCGUUUUGCUGGUCAACGAGCUCCUCUCCUAGAUUAUGAGGGGUUUCAAAAGCCGUUACCUUAUUCUGCCAUCGACACAAACGCGACAUUCUGUUCAACAAGCAACUGCACAUUCGAUCAAUAUCAAUCCCUCGGGAUUUGUGUGAAGAUGGCGAACAUAACAUCUUCCCUCAAAGUUGAGAAGUUCGAAGGCGGUAGAAUGACAGAGACGCCAACAUUCUCCGAUAGGUUCCUUCCUAACCGCAGCGUGUGGAAAGUUGCGCUUCCUAAUGGCUUUGAAUUCAACCAUCAAAGCAAAGCAGCGUUGUUCACAGACAUAAUGAAUGGAAGCCAUACGUUUGCAUUCCGAAACAGCCCAGCUCUUCUUUCAGCAAAAAUCGCAUCAUUCUUUUUGAUCUACACUACCCCAAUAUUGAAAAACGACGAGGCCUGGUGGAGUUCUGAAGAUAAGAGUCCAAACAACACAUGGCAGGAGGUACUCGAUCAUGUCCAUAGUGUUGAACACGAGGCUCUCGAAGUUCUCUUCCACCUGUGUGUACAAUCUUAUACCACCACAGUCCAGCUAGGUAGGGAAACGACUCUGAUUGAUGACACUUUCACCGAGCCCGUCAGUCAACACGACCAAACAUUUCUCGACAUAAAAUGUCCACCGUUGGUACAACAACAUAUGUCUGCGUGCAAUUCCAGCCCAAGCCGCUGGAACGAGGUCCUUGAACUCAAAAGUCCGACGCGAAAUAUGUCUCUUUCAGUCAAGCCGGCUCGAGAUGAAGUCAAGCCUUUUAGCGCGAGUUAUCGUGCGAUGGAAAAAAUGUCCCAAUCAAUGAGGACAUACUUCGCAGGUUUUGCAUACGCGACUAUGUCUUCUACUACCAGCGGACUUGCUCAAGUCGAUCAUCUUGGUCUCGAAUUUCCGUUCACGCUUUGGAGCUCAGUGCUGUUCUCAUAUUCUAACAUACUAAUCCCUGAGCGUCGAAAACUUUGUCUCGAAAACAUUUACCAGAACGCCGCCACCCUGUUGUCUGCUGCACUCCGAAUGAAGCGGCCCUACAAUCAAAAGGUCAGAGGCGUGUUCAUGGUUCCUGGUCAUGUAACCACAAUGGCCACGUUCGUCAAGAUAACAUGGCCUUGGGUGAUGCUACUCGCAGCGGAGAUUGCGGCUGCAGCGAUCUUCCUUGUCAUUACUAUCAUGUACUCCACGGGAGGCUCAGACUCAAAGUAUAGAGACCUCAAGAGCUCUUCACUGGGCACUCUUGUCGCUCUCGGUCCAGACUGCCACACUGCGGCGGGUGGAGGUCUCCAGCCUGUGGAUGACUUGCAGAAGCUCGCGAAAAGGCUUCAAGUUCAGAUCAGAGGGAGUCAAAUUAUGGUUGCCGAGGAUGAGACGGAGAAGACAUUCUCACAUGAGACGACAUACGGCUUGUCCGGCGUUGAAGAAGGUGCUUCCAGGGAGAUGGAUCGAACUCAGGGGCAGAAGUUAGGGUGGCCAGCGGUUUUCAGAGGGAAACGAGAAGCAUGA